AUGGAGAAACACGUCCUCCGACAACGCGUGUCACGUGGCACGAAUCUGUCUGUCGCGCUCGAUGUUCUUGGCACUGCCCGUUUUGUUUAUCGCGGCGACCACCAACAACACCCGCCCUCGACGCUGGCCGAAACAGCCAUGAACAUCCACACGACAAAACGCAAAUACAACGACGAGGAGAAACGGCAGCUCAUUGCCAACUUGGACAUCGAAGUUGCACAUCGGUGUCGCCAGUUCGAAGCAUGGCUGCAAGAUCGUCUGGAACACUUUACAAUUCACCAGGAGGGACAAGUCUCUCGGAUACCAAAGCAAGUCAGGGGCAUGACGAUGCGCGAAUUUGGAGAGAAAUACAACGGCAACAUCCAGCUGGCAUUACGGGGCUUCCAGAAGGACAGGCUGGCUGCGGCAGGAGUGGGUCCUGACUUUGGUGAAAUCGAAAAGAGCAUGCGGAAGAGAAAGUUUUUGCCAAAUCCCGAUGGAGAGAAGGGCACGGCCAAGGAUUCAGACCCUCGUCCUUCGAAGAACGUCAAAACCGCUCCAUUCUCCCCAGUCAAGUCAAAGAAACCCGUCUCAUCCUCGCAUCAAUCUGGGAACAGAUUCUCCUCGACAUCAAAGACUCCCGUGGCCUCAUCGUCUCGGUUACAAAGCCGGAUACCAGGCCCUUCAAGUCCAGAGAAACGACCCCCUUUCAACAACACUACUGGCGCAUACAAUCCGCGACCCGCCCCCCGACCCGCUUCACCUCUCAAGAGUACCGCAACACAAACCCGCGUCCCUUCAAGCUCCAGUUUCAAUCCCUCGUUACCACCCAAAGUUCCCGCAUUCCCGACCAUUACAAAGGCUGAUGACCCAACGACAACAAUGCAAAUGCGUUUACCUCGUAAAGACGAGAACAUGCUCAGCGUCAACGGUUCUCCCAUCGCAAAUCCUUAUCAGUUCGGUUUGGGGUGGUUCAAAGGCGUCGAGAUGAACGAUGAUCCCGAUUCACCGACAGAAGGGCUGGGAGAAGGCAGUAACGGUGCAGCACGGACACUCAAGCGCACGAAGAGCAACAUCAUUGUUCGGCGGGAUCCAUCUGUGGCCUUCAGCAAUCUCCACUCAAGAGACCCUUCACAAGCGAGCCUGUUCACCUCAUCGUCACAAACCGGAUCAUCGACAGCACAUUCACGCGACAACUCACAGGCAACCCAUCUCCUUCCCGAACCUACAUUACAACCCGGCGGGCCAUUUCGAUUCCCUGUUCCUCGGAUACCUGACGGUACCGAGGCGACACCAAAGCCCAUCAAGCACACAAGAUCGUUCUCCGCCAUGGUGGCAAUACCAACGAAAGACGGCCACCUGCUGGAGUUUGAUCCCCUUACGACGUCACCAGGCGCGUUGGAUGCACUCGAGGGGAUCACACAGAGUGCCAAGAAGCAGGCGAGAAUGGAGAUGGGCCGGUUAGUGCAAGCAGCCGUUGACAAAUGGAAGCUGUAG